AUGACCACCCAAUCCCGUUAGUCGCCACUUUAGACAAGCAUGGGUUGCUGAAGACCAAUUCUAACCUGGAUAUUCAUGGGUCCUAUUACCCAAUGAUCACCAGAUGGUACGAUGUACUUGUGAUGUUUGGAGGUCACACAACACUGUUGAAGGCUGUUGUUUUCACUGUUCUGAACCGCCGGUGCUAUAUGGGGAAUUAUAAAACUAUGUAAAAUUAAGAAGUUGUAUGAAUGUCUAUACAUGGUCUGAAACCAUAUUCUGAUGUUGACUGAAUCAAAUACUGUAUUACACAUGAUAUCCUUGAUGUAUUUAUUCACCAUGAAAGAUGUGACACAGUAGUCUCCUUGAUGCAUCAUAGGAACCUCAAGCUUCUUCAAUGUCAUGAAAAUAUAUUUUCCUUCAUGGUAAUAUUGUACACAAGAUUAUGCCUUUGUGACAGAAUUGCUUUUAUUUUAUUGUUUAGAAAAUGCUUGUCAUUACCUUCUCUUCGUAUGAGAAUUUUUUUGUCAUUACAUUAUACUAAUGUGUCAGAUAAUACAAGUCAUAUAGAAACAAACUGUUCAAGAUGACUGAGCGGUGGAAUGUUAUUAAUACAUUGGUUCUUCUUGAAGUAUCCAGAUAAAGAUAACUACUUUGAGUGGCAUUUUCGAAGUUGGAAAGUACAAUACUGACAAUCUUUGUGGAUAAAAAGUUCUAUUAUUUUGUGAGUGUGACGUAUCAAUACAGGCUCUUAUACCAUUGCCAACCUGAAUCUGUAUCGAAACAUCGCACUCACAAAUGAAAGAAGUUGAUAUCCAGAAAGUUGGUCAGGAUUAUCAACACACACUAUCCUGUUUCAGGGUAAAUAUACUCUGCGUCAGUUUAUGAAACAACACUAUAUUAUAGGAUUAGAUAUCCCUUAUUCUGUGUUAAAAUGAUGAGUCCCAUGUUAAGCCUAGGAUGUAGUUUCAUAUUCGAAUCCAUGUGUGUAUGCAUUAGCCCUUCAUUAUACCACUGCCAUUUUACUUUAUUGCAGGUUAUUUUAUGAGAUCAGCAGAAAUCAAAUGCAAUGAUAACAGUCGUAACAAAUUUUAUUUUUGGGAUUACUUGGUUUAUGGAUUUUGAAAUAGAUUCAACUGUUGUCUUAGAAGUUGAGAGUGAGGAAAAAUUGCGCUGUUGGUCUACUUAGAUUUUUCUUUCACUCAUCCAUUCCCUUUUUGAGACCAGUGAUUAGAAUCGAUUCAGUGUACUCAUAAAGAUCUUUACCAAAAGCUGAAAUGGUUAAAGAGAGGUCUGGAUUUGUGACUUGGCUGAUUGAGAUGCUCAUGUUUGAGUAAUUUUUUCACGAGGACAAAACAACAUUAAUCCUGACUACAAUAAUUUACCUGUAUAUCUCAUCAGAAUUUGAAGCAUUUGGCACACACCCCAGUAAUGAAAACAACCAAUUUUUCAGAUUAUUCCUUCUUUGUGAACGAUUCUUUUCAUUAGACUAAAAAACCAAGUAAUCAAAAACAACAUUUUGCUGUUACAAACUGUGACUCGUAUAAACACUGUGAUAUGUUUGUGAAAUGUUUGAUUUAUGUGUGAUUAUUUUAACACUAUCCAAGGUGUUUAGAAAUGUUAAGGUGUAGUUUAGGUUUAUUUUUUAAGCAACGUUUGUGUUGCAAUUUGUUACUAUCUCAGCAAGAAUUUUACGUAUGCAUAUGCUGGAAGUUUAUGCAUUGCUGUUUAUUUUAUUGUAGGAUGAUUGUUGUGGUUUACUGAAAUCUAUUAUUGUUAAUUAUGUGUAUUUUAGGAUGAAACACAGGGAUAGUAAAUGACUACUCUGAAUCAGAUAAACGUGUUUUUUUGUUUCAUUGUUCUGCUUCAUAAACGUCCUACCGUGGCAUGUGGAUCAUACUCACGGUCAAUAAUGUUCAUAUGUCCACCCAUAUUGAAGGGAACGGACACAAAGAUCAUUACUCAAAGGUCAAUGAUCAUAUGUCCACCCAUAUAGAUGGGAACGGACACAAAGCUCAUAACUCAAAGGUCCAUAAUGUUCACAUGUCCACCCAUAUAGAAAGGAACAGACGCAAAGAUCAUUACUCAAAGGUCAAUGAUUAUAUGUCCACCCAUAUAGAUGGGAACGGACACAAAGCUCAUAACCCAAAGGUCAAUGAGGUUCAUAUGUCCAUCCAUAUCGAAGUUAAUAGACACAAAGGGCACAACGUAAAGGUCAAUAGUGUUCAUGUGUCCACCCAUUUAGAGAAGAACGUAUGCAAAGAUCAUAACUCAAAGGUCAAUAAUGUUCACAUGUCCACCCAUAUAGAAAGGAACAGACACAAAGAUCAUAACUCAAAGGUCAAUGAUGUUCAUAUAUCCACUCAUAUAGAAAGGAACGGACACAAAGCUCAUAACUCAAAGGUCAGUGAGGUUCAUAUGUCCAUCCAUAUAGAAGGGAACGGACACAAAGGUCACAACUCAGAGGUCAAUAGAGUUCAUGUGUCCACCCAUUUAGAGGAGAACAAAUACAAAGCUCAUAACUCAAAGGUCAAUGAUCACAUGUCCACCGAUAUAGAAGGUGACGGACACAAAGAUAAUAACUCAAAGGUCAAUAAUGUUCAUGUGUCAACCCAUAUAGAAAGGAAUGGACACAAAGAUCAUAACUUAGAGGUCAAUGUUCAUAUGUCCAUCCAUAUAGAAGCUAAUAGACACAAAGGUCACAACUCAGAGGUCAAUAGUGUUCAUGUGUCCACCCAUUUAGAGGAGAACGUAUGCAAAGAUCAUAACUCAGAGGUCAAUGAGGUUCAUAUGUCCACCCAUAUAGAAAGGAACGGACACAAAAACCAUGCAUGUAUUUCAAAGAUCAAUGUUGUUCAUAUAUCCAUCCAUAGUCAGCUGUUUUCUUACACCCGUCUGUUGGUUUUAUCCGUUAUGGUAACUGUAUAGACUGUCUGUAAAGGGUCAUUGAUGUGUAGGUGCAUGUUUGAAGAUAUUAAAUACGCUAACCCAGCAUGUGGUCAAAUCAUGAUAUGUGAGUGUGUGAGCCGUCUUUAACACCACUCCAGUAUAUCAGCUGCAUUUCACAGCGUGUCAGCUUGGUCGUCGUGAAGUACUGCAGGUCUUAGACGCUUAUCACUUGGAUAGAACUCAAGUACAACUGAGUGAAUCAGUAUGGUGACACCGCUUUUAGCACCACUAUUCCAGCAAUAUCACGGAGGACUGCACCACAAAUGGGCUUCACACAUAGUACCCAUGUGGGGAAUCGA